GGGAGGUUCAAUACACCAAAGUGCGCAGCCGAGGUCCCAUCUCCCCGUGGCUGCCGGGAGCAGGGAAGAGGGAGGCGCGCGAGAAUGAAAAGCUACUAACCCGGAGAGCCUAUCUGGGGAUCCACCCGGGGCAGUGAGCCUCGCACCUGUUCGCCGCGGCGCCCGCAGGCCGGGGCCGAAACGGGCUGCGAGCCCAGAACUGCCGCCACCGCUGCGCCAAGCCGAAGUUGGAGGCGCCAGGGGAGACCAGCAGCAGCAAUCGGUUUAGCUGGACUGCAGAGAUUUCGGCAGGCACACCUUCCGAAGAGAAGCCGGACCUCCCCAGGUUGUCUCAAGAGCACUCCCUUCGUUCGCUUGGAGGCUAGGUCGGCGCAGAGUCGUAGGACCUUCGGAAGUCCGAACAGCGCUAUUUUAAAAGCUGGAAAGAAGCACCUGGGUUAGGAGUUCCUGGUUGCGCGCAGCAGGUGUCUUUCCUUUGGAGGAAGGAAUUGAGGAAAAAAAAAAAAAAAAGAACAGAAACCUUUCAUUUGUAACUAAAGAUCUCAAGAGUUGAGCUGCCUGGAACAAAGUCCGUGCAUAUUUUAAUACAGAACUAAAAAGAAGAGGACGGCUGCCGCUUGGCCUCAUCUCAACCGUCGCCUGGGGUGGCUUCAAAGAGACGCCGCCGCCUAGGCUCCCACCCUGUAGCCUGCUUUUCUGCCGCGGACCGCCGGCCCCACCGGGACAGGGGGCCCUUCCCCACCCGCCCGGCCAUGGCCGACAGCGGCGGCACGGGCAGCUCCGGGCCCUGGUGGAAAUCGCUAACCAACAGCAGAAAGAAAAUCAAGGAAGUCGCAGUAGGGGCGCAGCCGCCCCCCCAACCUGCCCCCGGGGAGCCCGCGCAGCCCACGCCGCCCAGCGCGGACUGGACUAGCAGCUCCCGGGAGAACCAGCUCCCCAAUCUCCUCGGGGGCGCCGGCGAGCCCCACAAGCCGGACAAGUUGUGCGGGGAGAAGUCAGGCAGCAGCCGCCGCAAUUUGAAGAUCUCACGCUCCGGCCGCUUUAAGGAGAAGAGGAAAGUGCGCGCCACGCUGCUCCCCGAAGGAGUCAGGUCCCCAGACCCAGAGGAGGCGGGCUUCCCUAGUGACCCCCACGACGACAAGCAAUAGCCAGAGCGCUGCGGGACUGUCUCCCCACCCCCACCCCGAGAAUUCCGGCCUGCCUCUUGGUUCUAAUCCCACCAACUAAUGAAUAUUCACACAAGGCCUCCACGAUUUUAAUUUCCUGGAAAUUGAAGUGUCGGUUGGGUUUUCGAUAUUUCAUGGUUCAAGGAGGCACUGAAUAUCUAUUUGUGGUAAGCGAAGUUACCUGCCACAGAGGAAGUUGGUGUAACCAUCCCCCCC